AAUGAAGAUGAGAUUCCUGGGGAGGACCUGUCUCAUUGUCUUGAGUUUGCUACCAGCUGUUUCUACACAGGCAGGUCAGUGGACUGUCGUUGGCUCUGAUCAGCCUGUCAUUGCUGAGCCUGGUGAUGAUGUCAUCCUGCCCUGUCACAUUUCACCCAGACUCAGUGCUGUGGACAUGGAAGUGAGGUGGUUCAGGGAUGCAUUUGAAAAACCAGUGCAUUUAUAUGAUUUCCGAAAGAAUAUUCUAGGAACUCAGCCCAAAGCUUACCAGGGCCGCACUGCUCUCUCUCCCCCUGCACUGCAGACAGGCGAUAUCUCUCUGCUUCUGAGAAACAUCCAGCCCUCUGACAGAGGCGUCUAUACCUGCUUAGCUGAUGAUGGAAGUGGGUAUGAAGAAGGACAGACUGAAUUGAUAGUUGCAG